AUGUCACUCGCACUACGAGAGUUGAAGGAUGGAUCUUGGCAGGGAGGGGCCUGGCAGGGUUUAGGGGCCUGGUAUAGAAACAAGACUGAGGAGCUGAACAAAGAGGUGGCCACUAAGAGUGAUCUAAUCGAGAGCAGCCACAGCGAGGUGGCUGAGCUCCGCAGGGUGUUCCAUGGCCUGGAGAUCGAACUGCAGUCCCAGCUCAGCAUGAAAGCAUCCUUGGAGAGCAGCCUAGAAGAGACCAAAGGCAGAUACUGUAUGCAGCUAUCCCAGAUGCAGGGUUUGAUCAGAGGUGUGGAGGAGCAGCUGGCUCAGCUGCGCUGUGAGAUGGAGCAGCAGAGCCAUGAGUACAACAUCUUGUUGGAUGUGAAGACAAGGCUGGAGCAGGAGAUUGCCACCUACCGCCGUCUGCUGGAUGGCGAGGAUGUCCACAGCUCUUCCUCACAGCACUCCUCUGGGCAGUCCUAUUCUUCUGGAGAAGUCUUCUCUUCCUCCUCCCACCAGCCUUGGUCCAUCCUCAGUGAGCAAGCCUGA